AUGUCUGGGCAGAAAUCAGAAUGGGUGAAGAAAUGCAUUGGAAUCCUCAAGGUUCUGAAGAACCACAAGCAUGGCUGGGUCUUCUCCGAGCCCGUAGACCCUGUCAAGCUCAACAUUCCUGACUAUCUGGAGAUUAUCAAGAAGCCGAUGGACCUCGGUACAGUGAGAACGCACCUCGACAACGGUACCAUCACCAACCCGGAAGAGUUCAAGACGAAUGUGGUGCUCACCUUCGACAACGCCAUGCGAUAUAACCCCUCCAACCACGACGUCCACAUCAUGGCGAAGACUCUGAAGGAGGUGAGGACCCGCCUUGUUGCGAAGCUCCCGCCUGUCACAAUCACGAUCCCAUAG